AUGGCUGCCAGGCACCAAGCGGAGCAAGAGAAUGAGGAGGAGGAAGAGAAGGAACAGCAGGGUCAGCGGGGGCUCAGCUUCAAAUGCCUCCGUUCUUUCCGACACAAGAUCAUUGAGGACAACUGGAGGAGGCAGCAGGACCCGGGCCUGGAGCCUGGCAGCAAGGAACCAGAGGAAAAGAAAAUCGCCCUGGAGCUGCUGGAGACAGAGCAGGCUUACGUCAACCGCCUCCACCUUCUCGACCAGAUAUUCUAUACAGAGUUGAUGAAAGAAGCCAAAAACGGGAAGACGGUCCCGGAGGAGGUGGUGAAAAUGAUCUUCUCUAACAUCUCUUCCAUCUAUCAGUUCCACGCCAAGUUCUUCCUGCCAGAGCUGCAGAAGCGCAUGGAGGAUUGGAGCUGCAACCCGCGGAUCGGGGAUGUGAUCCAGAAGCUUGCACCAUUCCUCAAGAUGUAUGGCGAAUAUGUAAAGAACUUCGACAAGGCCGUGGAGCUCAUCACUGUCUGGUCGGAGAAAUCCCUGCCCUUCCAGGAGCUAAUUGCUGACAUCCAGAAGAGGAAGGUCUGCGCUAACCUAACACUGCAGCACCACAUGCUGGAACCUGUGCAGAGGAUCCCACGCUACGAACUCCUCCUGAAAGAUUAUGUCCGAAAACUACCGCCUGAGUCCCCAGACCGGGAUGAUGCAGAGAAGGCCCUGGAGAUGAUUUUUAUGGUGGCCAAGCACUCAAACGCAGCUAUCGCCGAGAUGGAACGACUGCAGAACCUCUGGGCAGUCUAUCAGCGGCUGGGCCUCGAGGACGACAUUGUGGAUCCCUCCAACGAGCUGAUCAAGGAGGGGCCAAUCCAAAAAAUCUCCACCCGCAACAACAGCACAUCGGAGAAGUACCUGUUCCUGUUCAACAACAUGCUGCUGUACUGCGUGCCCAAGGUCAUCCAGGUGGGCGCCGAGUUCCAGGUCCACCUCCGCAUCAACGUGGAUGGCAUGAAGGUGCGGGAGCUGAACGACACGCAGUUCCCUCACACCUUCCUGGUCUCGGGAAAGCAGCGGACGCUGGAGCUGCAAGCUAGGUCUGAGGAGGAGAUGAACGCCUGGAUCAAGGCCUUCCAAGAUGCCAUUGACAGGAAGGAGAAGAGAAGUGAGACCUUUACGACAGCAGUGCAUGGGCUGGAGACAGGCACCCCUCCAGAAGAGCUGGACCCCCAGACAGAAGAGCUGGGCCGCCGAGCCCCGCAGUGGGUGCGGGACAACCUAGUGACCAUGUGCAUGCGCUGCAAGGAGCCCUUCAACGCCAUCAUGCGCCGGAGACACCACUGUCGAGCUUGUGGAUACGUGGUGUGCGCUCGCUGCUCUGACUACAAGGCCGAGCUGCAGUAUGAUGGGAACCGCCUGAACCGCGUGUGCCAGCAGUGUUACGUCUUCCUGACGGGCCACGUGGUGCUCGAGGACCGGGAGGGGAAGCACAAAGGCAUCCUGGAGAAAGGAGCCGCAGAGGUAUCAGGCAGGAGUUUGCUGUGCAGUUCCCUGCAGCUGCUGGACAAGAACGGCAAGGGGGGCACGCGGGGCUGGUUCGUGAUCCCGCGGGAUGAUCCCCUCGUGCUGUACAUCUACGCGGCCCCCCAG